UUUGUCCCUCUAUCCGUUCCGUCGUUGGUACCUUGAAAAGGAAAAAAAAGAAUUGCGUUCUACCAGUGAGCCACGCUGGUAUUUUGAAAACACAUUUAUUUUAUAAAACAUACCUAUUAUCACACGGAAAAUGAAUAAAAUAAUGUCAGGGCGACACCAUAACAAAUUGCCAAACAAUCUACCGCAAUUGCAGAACCUGAUCAAGAGAGACCCACAAUCGUACACGGAAGAAUUCCAGCAACAAUAUCGACACUAUCAGUCCAAUGUCCAGAUCUUUAAACUUCAGCCUGACAAGCCCAACAAAGAGUUGGCAGACCUGGUCAUGUUUCUUGCCCAGGUUGGACACUGCUAUCUGCUGCAACUUGCCUCUUUCCCUCAAGAGUUGACUGAGCUUCUUUUGAGUCAUCAUACAGUCCUUCAGCCAGAUUUACGGAUGACAUUCUGCAAGGCCCUGAUUCUGCUGAGAAACAAAGAUCUCAUCAACCCCACAGGUCUUCUUGAGUUGUUCUUUGAGUUGCUGCGGUGUCAUGACAAGCUGCUCAGGAAGACGCUGUACAUGCACAUUGUGGCUGACAUCAAGAACAUCAACUCCAAACACAAGAACAACAAAGUCAACACAACAUUACAGAACUUCAUGUACACCAUGCUGAGAGACAACAAUCCUAAAGCUGCCAAGAUCUCUCUAGAUGUCAUGAUUGAGUUGUACAAGAGGAACAUCUGGAAUGAUGCCAAAACUGUCAACGUCAUCACAACAGCAUGUUUCUCCAAGGUCACAAAGAUCCUUGUGGCAGGCAUGAAGUUCUUCCUUGGCAAAGAUGAGGAUGAGAAGAGAGAGAGCGAUUCAGAAUCAGAGGAGGACGGUCCAUCUGCCAGAGAUUUGAUGGUGAGGUACUCUACAGGGAAGAAAACAUCCAAGAACAAAAAAAAGAUGGAGAAGGCCAUGAAAGUCCUCAAGAAACAUAAGAAGAAGAAGAAGGUUGAGGUUUUCAAUUUCUCUGCCAUCCACUUGAUCCAUGAUCCUCAAGAUUUCUCAGAAAAGCUUCUAAAGCAGUUGGAGGACUCCAAGGAGCGUUUUGAGGUGAAGAUUAUGAUGAUGGAACUAAUAUCCCGAAUGGUUGGCAUUCAUGAGCUCUUCCUCUUCAACUACUAUCCCUUUGUACAGCGGUUCAUUCAACCCCAUCAAAGAGAGGUAACCAAGAUUCUCCUGUGUGCCGCUCAGUCAUCCCAUCAACUAGUUCCCCCUGAGAUCAUCACGCCUGUCAUCAUGACCAUUGCCAAUAAUUUUGUGACAGACAGAAACUCUGGAGAGGUGAUGUGUGUUGGGAUCAAUGCCAUUAAGGAGGUCGCAGCUCGCUGUCCCCUGGCCAUAACAGAAGAGCUACUCCAGGACCUGGCUCAGUAUAAGAUGCACAAAGACAAGAAUGUGAUGAUGUCUGCCAGAGGACUUAUCCAGCUCUUCAGAAACCUCAAUCCACAGAUGCUGCAUAAAAGAGACAGGGGCCGACCCACAGAGUUUUCUACAGAGGCUAAGAUUCAGGAUUAUGGAGAGCUGGAGGCAAAGGAUUACAUUACUGGAGCAGAGGUUCUGGAGGUGGAAGAGAAGAAGGGAGACCAGGAAGAUGAUGAUGGUUGGGAGAGUGCCAGCAGCAUGAGUGACGACGAUGAAGAUGGAGAAUGGAUCGAUGUUCACCACUCCUCCGAUGAAGAUACCACAGAAAUGGCUGAAAAACUGAAGAGCAUGGACCCAGACGAGAGGAAGGCCAAGGCAGCAGCGGUCAGCUCCAGUCGACUUCUCACUCAGGAGGACUUCAAGAAGAUCCGUCUUGCUCAAAUGGCUAAGGAAGUCAAUGCCGCCCCUGGUAAAGGACAGAAGAGGAAGAUUGUUGACGAUGAUGAUGAUAAUGAAAGAGGGGAAAUCCUUACCUUGAGAGACAUUGAAAAGCUGCACAAGAAACCCAAAUCUGACAAGGAAUCCCGACUUGCGACUGCACAGGCUGGCAGGUCGGACAGGAAGGACUUUGUGAGGAAGAGGAAGGAGAAGCUGAAUCCAUUCGCCUCCACCAGCAACAAGGACAAGAAGAGGAAUAAGAACUUCAUGAUGAUGAGACACAGUCAGAAUGUACGCACCAAGAACAAGAGAUCCUUCAGAGACAAACAGAUUGCUCUAAGAGAUGCACUCAUUAAGAGAAAGAAGCAAUACAAAUAGCAGUGCUGAUGGCGUCUCAAACGUACGACUGUUUAAUGAGGGAAUGGAUAAUUCUCUGGUGGUUUGUGACAUCUUACUACAAAUGUGUUUUGUGUCGUAGUAGGCUGUAAUCAUACCAUCAUGUAUUAAAAGAUUUACAGUCAAUUGG